AUGCUACGCUAUUACAGGUAUCGUAGUUAUCGCUCAUGUGGAGCUGAGCAAGGUGCUUCACAUCUGACAUCGAAUGGGCUCCGCUCUGUACAAAUCCUAGCUAGGAGCGUAGAAAUAUAUUCAUACAGCAGCAGCAGAGACACACACGCAGGCAAACUGUACGAGACAAUUCUUCUCCAGCCUUCAUCGAUGGAUGGCGUUCGAAAUCGAGAACGCGAAGUCGUGGCCACCCCUCAUAUGCCAUGGUUCCACUCGAACGUCAGCCGCGAGGCCACCGAGAGAAUGCUACAUCAACGAGCUGAUGGAACAUUUUUAGUGAGAGAAUCUACGAAUUUUCCCGGUGAUUACACAUUAUCUAUGGCAUAUCGAGGAAAGGUAGAGCACUAUCGCAUUUACCAAAGUGGAGGGCAAAUCACGUGCGACAACGAGGAGUUCUUCGCGAACCUCACUCAACUAGUUUCUCACUACAAACGAGAUGCUGACGGGCUUUGUCAUCGUCUUGUAACCCCUAUUAUUUGUGAGAACUAUCGUAUCCCAUCUACUAGCGAUAACAUUGAGGAUCGAACGAGCGCGUUUUUGAAAGCGGGACUUGUCAUACCAUCCGGUGAUAUUCGAUUAGGAGAUAUUAUAGGGCACGGAGAGUUUGGGGAUGUGCUCGUAGGUUAUUACAAGGAUAAAAAAGUAGCCGUAAAAGUGUCGAAGAGGCACGGAAAUGGGCUAGUCGACUCACUUCUAGAUGAGUCACGCUUUAUGGUAGGACUAUGCCAUCGUAACCUUGUUGCCUUAAUCGGCGUCGUACUGGAUGACACGAACAUCUACAUGGUGACCGAGUACAUGGCGAAUGGGAAUCUCGUCGAUUUAUUGCGUUCGCGUGGUCGUCACCAACUGGAUAAAAUGCAGCUCAUCCAGUUUGCAAUUGAUAUAUGCGAUGGAAUGUGCUACCUCGAGCAACGUCAAAUCGUUCACCGUGACUUGGCAGCUCGCAAUGUUUUACUGGACGAGGAGCUCGUCGCGAAAGUGAGCGAUUUUGGGUUGGCCAAAAAAGCGAACUCGCCGGCAAACGACAACGCAUCUGGUAAAUUCCCUAUCAAAUGGACGGCGCCUGAAGCUCUGCGACAUAGUAAUUUUUCGACUAAAAGUGAUAUGUGGUCGUUCGGCGUGUUAUUGUGGGAGAUAUUUUCAUUUGGUCGUGUACCCUAUCCUCGCAUCCCUAUACAAGAUGUAGUACGUCAUAUAGAACGGGGUUAUCGCAUGGAAGCUCCAGAAGGAUGUCCAGCAGAUGUUGUACGUAUAAUGCAUGAUGCUUGGGCACUACAGCCACAAGAUAGGCCAUCAUUUGGACAGGUUCUCCAACGAUUAAUAACUAUUUCCCGCAUGCUUUCUCACUGACAUCUGCGGGCUUUUCUUGUUGAGAUUAUUUCACUCCCGAUGUACGGAUUUUUCUAAGCAAUAACACAGUUCAAUUUGCUUGUCAUAAAUAUAUCGAUUGUUUUUCAUCACUUGAGACCAAUUCUCGCUCCAAAAAAGUGACCAAUUCAUAGAUAUAUGUAUCGGUUUCUCACAUAAUAUUGGUGCUUCGCCCGAAUUAUUUCACUCCAAAUGCAUUUGGUUACUUAUUUUUGGAGCUUGUCAGAUUAUGAGUUUUCUUUUCAACAGAAUGUUUGAUAAUAAUAUAGAUAGUAAGUAUAAUCACUUGCAUAAGUGUGUCAGUGAGAUGCUCAAAACAUCAUGUUUUCUGGCUCAAAGCAUAUCUUUUCGUAUGUACUGAUAUGUCAUCCCGAAUGCCUUGUCUGUUUUUCUUCUUUUUUUUUAUUUUUGUAACUUUUGUAAUUUGCUGCUCGCGGUUGUAUAUGCACUAAUUGAAUAAUCUACGGUUGAGUGUUUCAUGUUGUGUUUGUAAACUGGAUGUCAAUAAGAAAUAUUAUAUAGGUUUCUUUGUUCAGUAUUGUUGGU